CAGAGCCGAUGGCGAACUUCUGUUUGGUAGCGGAAGUUCAUGCUGUACUUUCUGAACUCUAUGGUCGGGUCGGUCGCCAUGGCGUCGCUGGGCGAAGUUGCUGCUUUGGUCUUGGUGGCAGUUCUUUGGGGAGGAACCAACCCAUUUCUGAAAAGAGGAACCAAGGGUCUAGAGCAAGUGAAGAGAGAGAGCCGGACCUUGCAGCUGCUGGCAGAAAUGAAAUUCCUUUGUCUCAAUUACAAGUACCUGGUGCCAUUUGUGCUCAACCAGUGUGGCUCAUUUGUCUACUAUCUUGCAUUAGCAUCUGCAGACCUGACCUUGGCUGUGCCUCUUUGCAACUCUUUGGCUCUGAUGUUCACAUUAGCAACAGGGAAGGUGCUCGGAGAAGACAUUGGCGGUACAAGGGCUGUGCUUGGAAUGCUGCUGACAGGCUUGGGAGUUGCUCUCUGCAUAACUGGGUCAGGGCAUGAGAAGCCAUGAAAAGCAUCCCGAAGAUAAGGGGGAAAUGUGAGGAAGGCCAGAGUUAUCUAUAUGAACGCUGGCUCAACUCUCAAGACUAGUGGCAUGUUGGGCAGGGAUCUGCUGGACUCUACUCUUGCUUAGCACUGAUAAAGACUGUUUGUUGUUUA